AUGAAGUGGUUUGCUAUAAUUUUUUUACCUUGUGUUGUUGGUUGUCAAACGACCAAGUUUGUGAUAGAGGAAGGUCAUGCCCUCGAGAAUCACGUGAUAAAAACCGUGACCGCCAUGCAACCGAUAACAUGUGUGUGGCAAUGCGUGGACACUCCACUAUGUUUUUCUAUGAAUGUCAGAUCACUCCCGACUGGUUGGGUCACGUGCGAACUGAACAAUUCGAGCAAAACGGCUGACCCACAGGAUUUCCAAAUCAGUCCUGAAACUCGUUACCAGCAACUUGUGGUAAGUGGCUGUCACCAUUUCACUGAUGGCACCGACCAGUUUGUAAAUUCUUUCUACAAAUUAACACAAUCUCAGAUCAGAAAAUAUUGAUACGUUCGAAGAUACCCAUGAAAAAAAUACUGAUUGCUCUGGUUGUCAAAGCAAGGAUAUUCGAUCUUUCUCAGUAAUUAUUGGAAUAUUUAUUUUUUACUCUCAAAUUUUAGAAAGUUGAGCAUUGUACAACAAAGCAGUGUAUCUACAAAGAGGGUAAGUCUGUUGUCAUUUACCAUCGCAUUGCAAAGGGCCUUGGUAAAAAGGGCUACCUUUCUUUGCCAUUGCUAUAGCAGUGCGCAAUAAAGUGCUUUUCUAUUCAAUGUUCAGAGGCACAGGAGGACAACUCUAAGCACGGGAAGAUACGAGUCGAGUCGCCAUUAUUGAUAAAGAGAAAAGCCCGAUCACAGAGCACAACAAACAAAAACUAAUGCACCUUGCCCUUCGAUUAAUAUGCUCCUGAGUAUCGCAAGUUUAAAGAAAAGAGGUUAUGCUUGCUGACAUAUGACAAGACAUGAAAAUCGUUGACUUCAUAAUGCGCUUGACGCAUCAAUUGAAAAAUUCGAAAUUUUGUUUUUGUUUUCUGAUUUAGUUUUUCAAGAUGGCUGGUUUAGAUUUGGUUCCAAGCUCCUGAAAAGUUUCUCUGAGAGAAAGACUUGGGAAGAAGACCGGCAGUUCUGUCAUUCGAUUGAUGGAGAACUUGCGUCAAUCACUCACGAAAAUGAGAAUGAGUUUAUCAGUCAUUUGCUUGACCGUGUCAAAAUCGAUGAAACAGGUUGGCAGAUAUUAAAAAGUCACUUUAAAAAAUAUGAAUACCACUCUUUAGAAGAAUGAUCGUCAAAGACGUUAAAUGAUUGAUAAUGAGGUUUCUUGUGUAUCUGGAGAAACGAAAAAUUGUCAUGUACCUGGCUAAGCGGCCUAACCUACCACGAUUCCUCUACAGCUCAAUGGCAGAGCAUCGGAAAUACUAAUCGUAAUAAGAAUCAUAGUAUAAGAAUAAAGAUAUAAGAAUAAUACUAAUAAGAAUCUUGAUUUUUAAGGUGAGAACAAACAAUUAGUCAAUGUCAUCAAACACUGGAAAUUAGACGGAACCGACUCCGAUGUAGGGUGAGUGAAAUUGCUCAUAACGAGGGUCAAUAUACAAAGAGUGAAAAGUAAAUUAUACUCGUUUUGAAGGAACUCAAGUGCGAAAUAACACAGAAUAUUUUCGACACAGCCAAAAAUGUCUCAUUUACAACAGAACAAAUGUGUUUAUAUUUUGAACAGGCUCGCGAGUGAUGCGGAAUACACGGAAGAAGAUGGUGUAAAGACGUUGCACCUUAACGGGACUACCUCAUCGUACGCAACAACCGCCGCAGUGGACUUCGGGAACAAAAGUUUCACCAUCGCCAGCUGGGCAAAACUAAAACCUUCUGUUAACCAUACAUCAGUUAUUAUUUCCUUGUGGAAAAAUCAGAGACAUUUUUUGUUUAGUAAAAACUCAUAUUCCAAGCUUCGUUUCGUAGUGAAGAACAAAACAAAUGAGGCAGCUAUAAUUUCAUUGGCUAGGGGGUAAGAUUUUUUUUUCAUAUUUCAAUUAUGUUUCAGCAUAAAAACUAAGAAAAGUAUGUUAUUUUUUGUUAUUCCGAUCUGAUAUACUAGUUGUUUUGUCCUGUUGAUGUUUUUCGCAUCUUUAGACAGUCCUUUCUCUUAUCACGCCUGAAGCACUUUUGAAUCUCUUUCAAAAUUAAUUAAGGUGAAGGCAUUAAACUUCCACUCAUUGCUUAGGUCAUUCUUUAUGGGUUUCACCCAAAAAUAACUCAGUGGUCAGCCAUAUGAGCCUCAAUUGCCUUCUCCAAUAAUCACUUCAGGAGAAUGAGCUGAUGAAGUUUCUUUUUUCGGACCAGACAAUAAAGCCAAAUCAAAAUGAUCAGCAUUACUUGCAAGCGGGACACUGAGUUUAGAAAGAAUAACAAGUCGGUCCAUUUAUACCCAGGUCUCUUCCACAUGGCGAGUGGUUUCAUGCAGCAGCAGUCUGGGACCGAGAUAAACACAUGGCCUAUUUAUUUCUGAACGGUCAAAAGAUUGCGUCCCAGUCAGUAUCUAGUUAUGCUGCCCCGAAGGAUUACAACCCAUCUAAAAAGUUUGAUAUUGGAAGGAAAAGGAACAGCGGUGCUACACUAAAAGGAUAUUUGAGGGAUUUGAUGAUUAUUGGUAGCGCUCUUACUGGUGAACAGAUAAUAAGCAAAAUUAUAGGUAAUUAAAGGCAUACUCAACAAUCUUUUUGCGUUUCGGGGGGUAAGUUUCUAAAGAAACUGUGGUACUGCGUCGGUGGAAGAAUAUAGCAGGUAAUUUAGUGUUAACAACUGAGUUGAAAACGUAAAUUGGCCACCGUAAAGGGUAAAAAAGCUGACGUUUCGAGUGUUAGCCCUUCGUCAGAGCGAUAGUCGUCGAACGAGAGGAGAGAAAGUCAAUGAUCAAACAGUUGAAGAACAAAUAUUACGUUGCAUAAAAGUUGUCGAUUUGCUGAGUAUACUACAUCGAUAUUACGAAUAUUUACAGAGUUUUCUGAUUUUGAAAUUGACUGACGUCAAACUCUAGAGCAUUCGGGCUCCAUUGCUACUGCGCAUUCCCACUGCGCAUCUUUGUUGAGAGAGCUAUUCAUUAAUCAGUGCUAUGUAAUUUUUCAAUAAAUUGUCAGACUUAACUGACAAUUCUUUCACCUGAGGCUUAUUCACAAGCUUGUUACUUGUUUUCAUCAUGUUUGUUGAUCUCAUUAUGGUUUCAGAUGACAUACGCCUGACAUGUCAAAAAUAUCUAACACCAACUUUCUUUUUGAAUUGAUUUUUCGCCUAAUUUACCUUUAUUAACUAAAGUUUGAACUUGAAAAGCAAAUUUCUACACCAAAACGAAAGUAAGGUAUUUUUUUCUUAUGCAGAGCCAUCGUUCAAUGGUGCUUGGAUCGGGUUUAAUGACCUCUACACGGAGGGAACUUUUGAUUGGCCGAACGGCACUCACGUUACAUUCACGAAAUGGGCCCCUGAGCAACCAGAGACAAGAAAUAUUUUUAUGAAUGAAGAUCAUGACUGCGUGGGGAUGAAAUUUGGAGAGGGGACUUGGGACGACAUCAGCUGUGCGAGGCAUUUACCUUUUGUCUGUGAAAAGAAAGCCUACGGAUGA